AUGGCACUGACCAGCCGCAGUGUGCUGGGCCUCAUGUUUGACAUGCCAUUGCAACCGGUAGAGUUGACCACUGCUCUUCCAGUUUCCAUCUCAGCGUCUACCACAAUGAGAGACCGAUCAUUAUUCCUCUUGGAGCGAUCCUUUCCAUCCAUUCUCACUGCGGAUGAUACUUCCGUUUCGCUACUCUCUCCCCAAACACAAUCUCGGCAAAUGUCUGAUGCUAUGGUGCUCAAGACGCUUCAAGGGACCAAAUGGAGACUGACAGCUGCUCCUACCGACAGCAAUAAUAAGUCCAUUCCCAACGUUUGCCAGCAGCAGUACCUAAUCUUUCAGGGAUUCUCAGAUCAACCCAACAAGGGCAUUGUCCAGUGCACUUGCGGUGGCACUACUGAUACUACUACAACGGCUUCCACGGGAAGAUGGUUAUCCAAACCCAGUGAGAUUCGCAAGGGAGCCGUGCAAUUAUCGGCACGAUGGAAAGUCAAACUAGCAACUGCUCAGACUGCCGUCAUUUUCAAAGGAUUCAUUCGGGCGGAUCCCACAUUAUCCUCAGGAGGGGGUACCGUGGCAGCCGAAAUGAAAGGGUUCAUUCUCUCCGUGGAACCAGAGCAAACUCUAGGCAAAUUUCGAGCGGACCUUGUAGGGAUCAACAUCGCGGAUGAUGAACUCAAAAUGGGUAUUCAAUAG